UUGGUCCAUGGUUAAGACUUGAAGGAGUCAAUAGGACAGAUCAUAGACGUGGGAAAGGGGAGACAUGGCGAAGUUUAAGAGAAACGGAUAUUUGUGGAAUUGAGUCAAUUUUUUUGAAUUCUUUGAUGUAAAAUCCCUGAAAAUUUCAAACUCGUCUCCAAAGGCCUUCUCUUUUGAAAACCCAGAUCUCAAUUUCUCACAAUUUGAUCAAAUUUUUUUGCCUUUUUUUGAUACAUCUCAUGUCCCCUGUUUUUAAGCUCUGUUUUUGAGCGGGAUGCCAUGUUGUUCACCUCUCAGUUGCAGAAUCAGGCCUGUUCUUUUUUGUUUUUGGAGCUUUCUGUUCUUCUAUCUGCGUAAAUUUCUUGUGAUGUUUCUUAUUGGUUAGAUUGUUCUGUUCUUGGAUUUUGUUUCCAACGAAAAUAAAUAUAAGUAAAUCACAAUCCUACAAUUCCCUCCAAAAUUUUCUAAGAAAUUCAUCUGAUUCUCUUUUUGUUUUGAAAAUCUACCUACACAGUCUGCUAAUUCCAUUUCUUUCUGUUGUUGUUUUUGGUUACCUUCUUCUGUCAUCAUCUCUGAUUCUUAAUCCCACUUUCUCUGUUCUCUCUGCUACUAAAUUCCCAAAACCCUUUCAAAUUCUCUGUAAGACUCCUCCAUGAAGAUCCCCAAAGACAGAAUCCGAUUCAACGUUGGAGGCAGAAUCUUCGAGACAACCUCCACGACCUUGGCAAAUGCUGGCAGAAACUCUUUUUUCGGUGCAUUGUUUGAUGAUAACUGGGCUUUAAAACAGUCUAUCAAUGACUCCAAUCCUAAUAGUGAAUUCUACAUUGAUCGAAACCCCGAUUGUUUCGGUGUCCUCCUCGAUCUUCUCCGCACCGGCGAUCUCCACAUCCCUUCCCAUGUCCCGGAAAGACUCCUUCACCGGGAAGCCUCAUUUUACGGUCUGUUGAACCACGUAAGAUCUGCCAAAUGGGGCUCAUUUGAUGGAAACAGACUCCACCAUUCCCGGUCUGUCACUGGCCGGGCACCAGGGGAUGGUACCGCAAUUCGUGCAGGUCCGGACGGUGGGUGCUGUGUGGCUCAUGGAAGUAUGGUGCAUGUUUAUGAUUGGAUGAUGGAAGAACACCCGCCUAUUAAUCUUGAUUACCAGAGAGUGAACGAUGUGGCUUGGUUGGAUUCUGAGAAUGUGAUUCUUAGUGCCUGUGAGAGAUUAGGCCGAGGAGAUGGAGGAAUGGGGCUGUUCAGUAAGAGUACAGGGGAGCUCAGGUAUAAGUUUCAGGUCUGCCAUGAGAAUCAAUUGAAGAGCUAUACAGCUGGGGCUUUGAGCACCAGUUCUGAUUAUAGAAUUUUUAGUAGCUGUAAAGGGAGGAGUAAUGAGUAUGGAAUUGGAGUGUGGGAUCAAAUUAGUGGCAAACAGAUUGAUUUCUUUUAUGAGAGUCCAGGUUGGUCACUAGGUGAUGCUGAUAAAUUGCAGUGGUUGAACGGGAGCAAUUGUUUGUUGGUGGCUACUUUGUUUCCAAGAAAGGACAACUGUUACAUUAGCAUGUUGGAUUUUAGAGAGAAGAGAAUGGUGUGGUCUUGGUCUGAUAUUGAUGCUCCUAUUACCGUGGAUGAGAAAAGGGUUCGAGAUGCCAUAGCUAUGGAGGAUUGUAAUGCUGUUUGUGUAGUGAAUGAGUAUGAGGAUUUGGGGUUUAUAGAUUUAAGGAUGAGUGGAGGGAGUGUAAGGUGGAGCUCGAGGAGUCGUUUGAUGAAGGGGAAGAUGCCUGAUGAACCUUGUUAUCCAAAACUGGCAUUACAUGAGGGGCUGUUGUUUUCAUCAAUGGAUGAUUGCAUUUCUGUGUUUUGUGGUCCUGACUGGGUAUUGACAUCUAGAUUUCGACAAUUAUAUGGAGGUUCAAUUUGCGAUUUUUCAAUCGGUGGCGAUAGACUCUUUGCACUUCACAGUGAAGAAAAUGUCUUUGAUAUAUGGGAGACUCCACCUCCACCAAUUUUAUGAUUCAUAUUGUAAGGUGUGCUGGGUUUUGCCAUUAAUGUUUCUCACAUUUUGAUAUCAAUGAUUUUUUUCCCCUUGUAGGUUGUAGAAGGUAGAGGAUGAAUUUCUGGUUAAGCAUAUUAGUUUAGCAAACCUAGAUAGGUAUUUGAAGAGUUGUGUGUGUGUGUGUGUGUGUAUAUAUGCUUCUUUUAGCUACCAUAAAAUUUUAGAGCAGUGACUCUGCUUAGGAUUUGCCUAGUCACAGAAAUGAAACUGAUUGCAUCAAACUAAUGUUAAAGGGAAACCUUCGAAUUUAUAAACAGAGAAUGCACAUGAUUCUCAAUUA